AUGUCUGAUCUCAAGGCUUCCGUCGUUGAGACGCAAAAUGGUUUCCACGUCGAGGGAUACGAGAAGAUCGAGUACGACUUCACGUUCCUCGAUGGCGUUUUCAACCCGCAGAACAAGCAGCUUGCCGACUGCUACCAGCGCUGGGGCCGUGCUCUUGCGGUUAUGGAUCUGAACAUCUACAACCUUUACGGUGAACAGAUGCAGAAGUACUUCGACCACCACAAGCUGGAGCUGAAGAUCCAUAAGACCAUGAUCGGAGAGAAGGCUAAAUCCAUGGACACAUUGCUGAGCAUUGUCGACUCUAUGACCGACUUCGGCAUCAUCCGUAAGGAGCCGGUUUUGGUAGUGGGAGGAGGACUUGUCACCGACGUUGCUGGCUUUGCUUGCGCAUCAUACCGAAGGAAUACCAACUUCAUCCGGAUUCCCACGACUGUCAUCGGUCUAAUCGAUGCUAGUGUAAGUAUCAAGGUCGCCGUCAACUACGGCAACUACAAGAACCGCCUGGGAGCGUACCAUGCGCCCAUGCAUACAUUCCUCGACUUCACGUUCUUGAAGACUUUGCCUGAGGGCCAGGUACGGAACGGAUUUGCAGAGUUGAUCAAGAUCUCAACAUGCGCUCAUCUUAGGACAUUCGACCUUCUUGACCAGUUCUGCGAGAGGCUGAUCGCCACAAAGUUCGGUCGUGUUGAUGAUGGGUCCGGUGAGGUUCGCAAGGCUGCGGACGAGAUCAACCGCUCCGGCAUUUACGAGAUGUUGAAGCUUGAGACCCCCAACCUGCACGAGAUCGGUCUGGACCGUGUCAUCGCAUACGGUCACACUUGGAGCCCUUUGCACGAGCUCACUCCCGAUGUUCCUCUUCGCCACGGCCACGCUAUCUCUAUUGAUAUGGCUUACUCCGCGACUUUGGCCAAUGGUCGUAAGCUGAUCACCGAUGAGGAGCAUCAUCGCCUUCUCAAUCUGUUUUCGCGCGCUGGUCUGUCUAUGGACCACGUAGACUUCAACGAAGAGAUCCUUGGAAAGGCUACGGCAGCAAUCUUGAAGACUCGAGAUGGUAAGCUGCGCGCAGCAGUGCCUAGCCCGAUCGGAAGCUGUGUCUUCCUCAACGACGUUACCGCAGAGGAGAUGAACUCUGCGCUGCGACGACACAAGGAGAUUAUGAAGGAAUACCCUCGCAACGGUGAAGGUAUUGAUGCCUUUGUUGACUCGAGUGACACCGGCUACACCCUAAACGACGUGCCUGUCGAGGCGGUGACCAAGGGCAUGCCGAGCACAAACGGCACUCACGCCAACGGACUUACGCAGAAGGUAGCCAACGGUCUGCCCAACGGCCUCAAGGAGGUGUUGGCGAACGGUUAUGAGAAUGGUUACAAGAACUAA